UACGAGUAUAAAAAGGGCUUCUCUCCAUGAGAUUUUGCUGAGCAUCAGACGAUCACUGCGAUCAUGAAGUACAUCAUUUUACUGGCUCUGUUUGCCGUGGCAUCCGCCGCCCCCAUUGACGACGAUGAUAAGAUCGUCGGAGGGUACGUGUGCACGAAGAACGGCGUGCCCUACCAGGCUUCUCUGAACGUUGGAUAUCAUUUUUGUGGAGGCUCUCUGAUCACCAGCCAGUGGGUCGUGUCUGCUGCCCAUUGCUACAAGUCCUCUAUCCAGGUGCGUCUUGGAGAGCACAACAUUGACGUCAAUGAGGGAACUGAGCAGUUCAUCAGUUCUUCCAAGGUCAUCAGACACCCCAGCUACAGCAGCAGCACCCUGAACAACGACAUCAUGCUCAUCAAGCUGCAGUCCGCUGCCAGUAUCAACAGCUACGUGCGCACCGUGUCCCUGCCCAGCAGCUGCGCCUCCGCCGGUACCUACUGCCUGGUCUCCGGGUGGGGAAACACCCUCAGCAGUGGCACAAGCUACCCCUCCACUCUGAGAUGCCUGGACAUCCCCAUCCUGAGCACCUCCUCAUGCCAGAGCUCCUACCCUGGUCAGAUCACCUCCAACAUGUUCUGUGCUGGAUUCCUGGAGGGAGGCAAAGACUCUUGCCAGGGAGACUCUGGCGGCCCCGUCGUGUGCAACAAUCAGCUGCAGGGUAUUGUGUCCUGGGGUUACGGCUGCGCUCAGAGGAACAAGCCUGGUGUCUACACCAAGGUCUGCAACUACAACUCCUGGAUCACCAGCACCAUUAACAGCAACUAAAGUGCUGUAGUAUCUGAAAAAAACAACAACAAUAAAAUGUGUUGCAAAAGAAGAAUGGA